AUGGAGAUCGCGCUGGUGACUCUGGAGAACGGCGGCACCACGGCCAUCGCGGGCGGCGACGAUGCCGCGGCCGCGGGCGGCCGGGCGCGCUGGCGGGGCAACUUGCUGCACCUCGCCGGCUCGCCGCAGCUGAGCGACGGCAAGGAGAGCUCCCCGCCGCCGCCGCCGCCGCCGCCCGCGGGGGACGAGCAGCGGGAACGGCCCCCGCCGGGUCCCCGGGCAGGAGGCGGCGGGGGCGGCCCCGAGGAGCGGCCGGCGGAGCCCCGAGCGGCCCCCGCGCCGCCGCCGCCGCGGCCGCCGCCCCGCGCCCCGCGCCCCGCCGCGGAGAUGGGGCCCCCCGAGGAAGGGGGACACCGCCGGGGCAUGGCCAUGGCGGCGGCGGGCGACGACGAGGAGGAGGCGGCGGCGGCGGCCGCGGCCAACCCGGGCGCCAUGCAUCACCAGCGGGUGCUGAUCAACAUCUCGGGGCUGCGCUUCGAGACGCAGCUGGGCACCCUCAACCAGUUCCCCGACACGCUGCUGGGGGACCCCGACAAGCGCAUUCGCUACUUCGACCCGCUCCGCAACGAGUACUUCUUCGACCGCAACCGGCCCAGCUUCGACGGCAUCCUCUACUUCUACCAGUCCGGGGGCAAGCUCCGCCGGCCCGUCAACGUCUCCAUCGACGUCUUCGCCGACGAGAUCCGCUUCUACCAGCUGGGUGAGGAGGCCAUGGAGCGCUUCCGGGAGGACGAGGGCUUCAUCAAAGAGGAGGAGAAGCCCCUGCCCCGCAAUGAGUUCCAGCGCCAGGUCUGGCUCAUCUUUGAGUAUCCCGAGAGCUCCAGCUCAGCCCGGGCCAUCGCCAUCGUCUCCGUGCUGGUCAUCCUCAUCUCCAUCAUCACCUUCUGCCUGGAGACCCUGCCUGAGUUCAGGGACGAGAGGGAGAUGCCCGUACCCCUGCCCCCACAAGGUGGAGGUUUGAAUGGCACGCCCGGGGACUCCCCACCCAUGCAGCCUCCCAGUAGCCUGGCUGACCCCUUCUUCAUCAUCGAGACCACCUGUGUGAUCUGGUUCACUUUCGAGCUCCUCGUGCGCUUCUUCGCCUGCCCCAGCAAGCCCGAGUUCUCCCGUAACAUCAUGAACAUCAUCGACAUCGUGGCCAUCAUCCCCUACUUCAUCACCCUGGGGACCGAGCUGGCCCAUGAGCAGCAGCAGCCCGGGGCUGGCAGUAGCAAUGGGGGUGGGGGCCAGCAGCAAGCCAUGUCCCUGGCCAUCCUCAGAGUCAUCCGCCUGGUCAGAGUCUUCAGGAUCUUCAAGCUCUCCAGGCACUCCAAGGGGCUGCAGAUCUUAGGACAGACUUUGAAAGCCAGCAUGAGGGAGCUGGGCCUCCUCAUCUUCUUCCUCUUCAUCGGGGUGAUCCUCUUCUCCAGCGCUGUCUACUUUGCUGAGGCUGAUGACCCCGAGUCUCACUUCUCCAGCAUCCCCGAUGCUUUCUGGUGGGCAGUGGUAACCAUGACUACUGUGGGCUAUGGGGACAUGAGACCUGUCACUGUGGGGGGCAAAAUUGUGGGCUCCUUGUGUGCCAUUGCUGGUGUGCUCACCAUUGCCCUGCCUGUCCCUGUCAUCGUGUCCAACUUCAACUACUUCUACCACCGAGAGACUGACCACGAAGAGCAGGCUAUCCUCAAAGAUGAACACAGUAGUGCCCAGGGCAGCACUUCGGGGGGAGAAGUGAAGAGAAGACCCAGUAAAAACUCUCUGAACAAAUCUGUUGUGCACUUGGAAAACAGUGAGGAGUUCAACAGUGGCACCAGUGGCUCCUUAGAGAAAGCCAAUAUCAAAGCAAAAAGUAAUGUAGAUCUCAGAAAAUCCCUCUAUGCCCUCUGUCUGGACACCAAUAGGGAAACAGACCUGUGA